AUGAAACUAACAUCGUGUCUGGAGCGAGCCUUGGGUGAUGUUUUCUUACUAAUUGGUAAGGACUGUCCAUUCCUUUUAAGAGAUUUGCUUGCAUCUCAGGAGCUUGCUGCAGUCUUUGGACAAUCUGUAAUGAAUGUGCUAAGAGUAUUCAUUGGGUCUCCAUAUGGUCUAAAUCUCCGUAACAUUUUGUGGCAUGGAUUUGCUUCCCCUCAAGAAAUUCCUGCAAAAUAUUGCUCUAUGCUGCUUAUUUUAACUGCAGGAUUGGGCCAGUUGCUAAAGAUAUACCUAUUGCAAACUGAAACCAUUUUAGUACAUCGACCUUAUAUAGCUUUCACUAACUUAAAGGAGUUGGACAUUUUUCCAGAUCUUAAUCAUGAAGCACUUUCCUUAACUGAGGAACUAGCAAAGAUAUCCAGUUUUGUAUUAAAAACAAUGUUACCAUUUUGGGUUGCUGCACUAACAGCUUUCAGGCAACACAGGUAUGCUGACUGUGUUAUACUGUUACUCCCUCAGCUGGAAACUGGACUUAGGUUACUCUUCACCACAGUUAAUAAGUGUCCAAAUAGACUGCUAACUGCUGAGUCAUCUUCUCUUUAUACCACUUUUGAUGAGAUGCUAACACAACAGCUGAAUGACAAAGAGAUCAAUCAGCUUCCUCUAAUUCUUGGAGAGCCUUCAAUGGAAUUCCUUUGGGAUUUCUUGAACCAUCAAGAGGGUCCACGUGUAAGAGAUCAUUUAAGCCAUGGAGAGAUCAACUUAAAUGAGUUUCCAAGAGAAAUAGCCAAUCAGAUACUUGCAUUUUCAGUUACACUUUUAUGCAGAUUUUCAGAAGUGGAGGAGCUCACAGCUUUUAAGGAGCACACAGCCAUUAAACCACUGAUCAGCUGUGCAAGUUGCUACCGUUCUCAGUUUCAUCCAAUUGCCCGACUUAAGAAACAGGUGCUGAAGUGUAUGAAGAGCAUUAGUUCAUGGCCUGAGCUUCCUAUUGUGCCUGAAGAGCAAAUUCAAGAAAUUCCAGGGUUGGAAAGAAGUGCAGAAACUAGUCCUUGUAUUUCUAUGACUACAGAAAUCCUCUCUCAGUUGCAACACCAUUUGCCCCAGAAUUGCUACAUUUUAGAUGAUCUAAUGAAUAAUCUUUUAAGUGAGAAGCUACUGGUUGAACUCUGUAGUACGCACAUUUGUACCCUGUACUGCCCACGUUCUGUACUGGAAAUAUUGGUUGUGUUCCGUAAGAUAAGCACACAGUGCCAUCAAGUGUCAGAUCAAGUUAUUGCCAGCACUGAAAUGAGAUACACACAGUGGAUAAACAAGAUACUGCGUUCGCGACAGAGGCAUAACUAUCUACGAAUGUUACACAGCAUUAAAUUUCUGUCUCCUGUGUUACGGCUGAUUUUAAUGUUGAUUAUUCUGGAACUAAUCAACAUCCAUACUGUUUGUGAGAAGAAUCCUUGUGAUUAUCAGCAGUAUAUAAAGUUUCUAAAGUCAAUCUUGCAGUAUACUGAGAACUUGGUGACAUACACAAGCCCAGAGAAAAACAAAUGGGAUGAAUCCAUGGAGCUUACGCACAAAGCUUUGAUAAAAAUUAGGACUUUCAGCGAGAGAAAGCUAACAUUAAUGCAGCUAGCGACACAAGUGAAGCUAUCUUGAAAACACUUGG